AUGUGGCACCAGCUGACAAAGAUAAAACCUAGCUAGCCUCUGUUAAAACCUUACCAGAUGACAUGGCAGUCGCCCUAUCACAGCUCCAAGUUCCGCCAUGUGUUUGCAAAGCCCGCCUCCCGGGAGAACUGCUACACCGGCCUGCCAAUCACCAGCAGUGUCCAUGACAACGCCUUCUGUGCCGUCAAUCCGCGCUUCAUCGCCGUGGUGACGGAAUGUGCUGGUGGGGGAGCCUUCCUGGUCAUCUCCGUCUACCACAAAGGCCGUGUGGACCCGCAGCACAGUCGCGUGUGUGGCCACCAGGGGUCAGUGUUGGAUGUCAGGUGGGAUCCCUUCAGUGACCUGCGCAUCGCAUCCUGCUCUGAGGACUGCACGGUGAAGGUGUGGAGCAUCCCUCCUCAGGGCUUGAGGGAGAACCUGGUGAGGCCAGUCAAGGACCUGCGGGGCCACAGCAGGAGGGUGGGGCUUAUCGAGUGGCACCCCGUCGCCAAGGAUAUCCUGCUAAGCUCCGCCUAUGACUGCAAAGUGUUCAUAUGGCGUCUGGACGUGCCGGGGUGUGUGUGCAGGCGUCCUGUGCGUGUGAUCGCGGUGCACUCUGACCUGGUGCUGUGCCUCAGCUUCAACACUGAUGGCAGCCAACUGGCCACCACAUGCAAAGACAGGACCAUACGCAUCGUACACACACACUCUGGACAGGUGCUACAGCGUUCCAGCGCGGGGAGCCAUAGGCCGUGUAAGGUGGUGUUCGCCUCUGAUCUACGGCUGCUCAUCACCACUGGUGCCUCCUACUGGAACCAGAGACAAAUUGCAGUCUGGAACUCGGAGGAUCUGAGCACCCCGCUGUGGGAGGAGGAUCUAGAUGGAGAGUCAGGAGUUCUCUUCCCCUUUUAUGACCCCGACACACACAUGGUCUUCCUGGCAGGAAAGGGUGAUGGGAAUACGCGUAUCUUUGACCUGAGCUCCGCAAAGCCUUACCUGCACUACCUGGCAGAGUACCGCUCUCCCUUACCGCAAAGGAGCAUGGCGGUGAUGCCAAAGCGUGGCCUGGAUGUGAGUGUGUGUGAGGUGUUCCGCUUCUAUCGUCUGGUGGGAGUUAAAGACCGUCUGGAGCCCAUCUCUUUUAUAAUCCCCCGCCGGGCUGAUGGCUUCCAGGACGAUCUGUAUCCUCCCACUGCAGCAAAUGAGCCUGCUCUAACGGCCGCCCAGUGGGUGGAGGGACACACACGAGGCCCCUUGCUGAUGUCCCUGCGGCCAGGCACAGAGAUCCAGAACCCCUACCCAGCACCAGACGCCGCGCCCUCACCCCUCCCCCUCCCCCACUUCCAGCCAAUGGGAGUCCACUUCCCUGACCCGCCAGCCAAUCACAACGCAUCAUCCCCUUACCUUUAUGACAUCAGCGAUCUGUCUGACUGGCAGGAAGAUGGCACACACACCCUAAACAUGAUGCAGCAGACAACCGCCAUCCAGCCAACACACACUCUUGACUGGGGCGCCCCACACACAACACACGCAGUCAACACACACACGCUCAUCGGCGGGCAGAUGUUAGCCGCGGUGCCCAAUACACACCUCGCACACACACCCAUGCCUGGGGUGCAGCCAGCACAGACAGCGGUCAUGCACUCAGGCGCUACAACGACUGGACACACACGCACGGCGCUCAUGCAAACCCCACCUGCAGGAGUGAAUGGCUUCAAUGUGAGCAGCAGUAGCAGCAGCCACCAUGCCCUGCCCAGGCCACACACACCCUGUGGAGGGAUGCCGGCGAUGGGGAUGCCAGCCACUGCACAGGGUAGAGCAGGUCCUACUGUAGCGUUGCCUCCUCCUCCUCCCCCUCCCUCUCCACUGGUCUGGUGCGAGUCCCCCGUCUACACACCGCCUAGGACUGAUGAUGAGCUGCUGUUUGAGUUCUACCGCCAGUGUGAGGAGCUGAAGUCUCUUCGCCAGGAGCUCCACAGAAGGGACAUGCUCAUCAGCCAACUGGAACAAGACAUCACUCAUCUCCGCAGCACACACACACACCUCGACCACGCACUCGCAACGCUUAACACACACCCUCCCCCCACACACACACCUUACACACGCCCUCCACUCACACACACGCCUUACACCACACACCCCAUGGUAGCACCACCACAACACAACGCAACACCGCCCACUCAGCAGCAGCAGCAGCAACACACACAGCUCACACAGCCCGUGCAGGCUCACGCGACGUCACAAAACACACACCACCCUCAGCUCACACACACACGUAUGGCGCAGAAUGCCAACACACACACCGCUCAGCCGCUUGCACCCACUACACCUUACGCAACUCACCCCAUAGUGCAACACAACACAACAAUGACACCACCCGUCCAGAACGCACUGCCACAGGCUCACACUCCAGGAGUGUACUUCCCCACCCAGCGGGUACAGUUUCUGGAGCAAGAUACUGUGGUUGUGGCGGCUACUCCAGUGCAGAUAGUCAGAAGCCCCCUGAACAGCCCACGAACAUCCUGCUGACAGAUUAUGAGAUG